AUGCACGUAUUGGGCGUACUCGGGGGCUCCAGCCUCUUUAAUGCCCAAAGUAUCUCGUCGACUCUAGCAGAAAAAGUAGUGAAUACAGAGUUUGGUGCUGUACUUUGCUAUGUCGGCACGUGGCCCACGUAUCAACAAGACGAGACGACAUCACCCCCAUUAGAGCUCGUGUAUGUGCAACGUCACCACGCAGAUCCAGACGGCAAGUACCGCCAGCCGCGCAAGAUUAAUUAUCGCGCCAUUGCACUGGCUUUAAAAGCUUUACAUUGCCAGGCUGUUGUAGGUAUCUACUCAGUCGGAUCCAUGACAUCCACGGUUGGCGUAGGUCGCUUCGUCGUGCCCGAGGAUUAUUUCAGUCCCUUUGAUAUCAUGCACCUUUCGCAUGAUUACGAUGCGCAUGUAGUUCCUGAACUCCACAAAGUGCUGAAAUUUGCGUUAGUACAGGCACUUGAAAGUGGUGGCUUUAAACCGUACGAUGGUGGUGUCUACGUGCAGACGGCGGGUCCGCGUUUUGAGACUAAGUCGGAGGUUCGUUUCUUUGCGCAAUUUGGCGAGUUUAUUGGCAUGACGGGCGCAAACGAAGCUGAACUGCUUAAUGAGCUGCAUGUGCCGUUUGCCAUGUUUUCCAUUGUCGAUAAUCUGGCUAACGGAAUUGGUGAACCUCUCACGCUUGAAGCUUUUAAAGCCACGCAAAAGGCCAACAGCGACCUAAUGGAGAAAGCUUUUGUUCACGUUAUGAAAGAACUAGCUGAUUCCAAGACAGUUCCGUUACUCACCCCCACGCCUUAA